AUGGCCACCACCAUCCUCAUCCCCAAACCGGGCAGACCUUCCAGCCUCGACAACCUCUGGCCCAUCUCCCUGACAUCAUGCGCAGUCGUGCACAACUGGCAAAGGUCGGAGCGUGAUAAGCUCAAUACGUUAAUCAGAAAGGCUACCAAGAACGCUCUCUGUCUUCCCAUGUACACAAGCACGGAUACACUGUUUCGUCUCAGCAUGCACAACACGCUGGAAGAAAUCGCAGAGGCACAGGAGAGGGUGCCAUUUGCCGAGCUGUCCACCACGCAAUCCGGUAGAAACAUCCUGCGGGAGCUAAGAAUUCCACUGAUGGAUAUCAAGUCUCAAUUUUGCUGCGUUCCUCGUCAACAACCAGAACAAAUCACCGUUGUCCCCAUCCUGCGAAACGAAAGAACAGCAAAGGGUGAAAUUUGCUACGCCGAUGUUGGCUGCUUCUCUCUGCGUGACCGACUGACGCUUCCAUCUGAUUUGCCAAGUGACCCAAACUUUCUCAAGCCUCAAUUUUACCUCUACACAAGAAAUAAACGGUACUAUCCAACAAUUUUCCAGCUGAGGCCAAAAGGAAAUUAUAAGGAAUUGGUGGAGUUCAGCCGAGCGAAACCGCUGUUCAUUCUGGUGCAUGGUUGGUUGGAGUCCGCACAUGCUUUCUGGGUGCAGUCUGUCAAGGACGCUCUUCUUAAAGAGGUGGAUGGCAAUGUUGUCGUAGUCGACUGGAGUGGAUUGGCAGCAACGACGUAUGCAAAUGCAGCGGCCAACACGGCGGCCGUUGGGCGCACACUGGCGCUGGUCGUCCAACGGCUCGUCGAGGAGUUUCCCCUUAGCACAUCGCUCAUACACGCCAUCGGAUACAGCUUCGGAGCGCAGGUGGCCGGUUUCUUCGGGAGAAACCUGAAGAAAAAAAUGGGCACUGUCAUCGCUCGCAUAACAGCAUUGGAUCCGGCGGGGCCUUUGUUCAACGAAACCGACGUCUCCGUGUGCCCUGAGGAUGCCGCCUUCGUAGACGUCAUCCACACCAGCGGUGGCUACAAACACCAGCCAUUGCAACUGGGACUCCUCAGGCCCACAGGUCACGUGGACUUCUACGUGAACGGUGCCAAGAACCAACCCGGAUGUGGUGGCUCGGCACUGUGCGACCACAUGAGGGCCUCGGUUCUGUUUCUCGAGUCACUGGUGAACAAGGCAUGUCGCAUGCUGUCACGGCCCUGCAGAGAAGGCUUCGCGGCUUUCUUGCGUGGAAACUGCAGCCCUGCCGAUGCUGGACAUGAGCCCGGCGAAAUGGGAUUCUAUAGCUCUCGGGCUACCGGCCGCGGUAUUCAGCUGGUCUCCACGGGUGCCGGACCAGUCGGAUAUUUCUGUAUUAAACAAAGCAAAGGGUAAUUGCAGGUGUCCUUU